AUAACAAGGGCAGAUCUGUAUAGGUAUCUCCACAUGGAGUACCAAAUGAAGUGAGUACAGAUCUGUGAUUGGAUAUAAUUUCAUCCUUACUAAGAGUAGGUUUAUACGUAGCACUGUCGAUUGACUUCCCGAAAUUAAGUUCUUUGAACAGGCAGUCAUAAUAAUAUCGUUUACAUAUAAGUUAUUGGACGCUUUGUCAGCCGGUACAAUGACAUACUUGUCAUGUAAGGCGUUGAGAUUUUCAACAAUGCUAACAUCAUUGAAAAUAGAUUUAGGCCUAGUGUAAAUUUAGAGGCGUUUUGAGAUAGGUAAGUCUCACAAGUGUGUUACAAGUGUGAUGUUUGCGGUUACUUUUCAUCUCUCAAAUAGAAUACAAAGUACGUGAUUUUCACUUGGCAUCAUCAGUAUUGACCUACUGCUUUCAUAUUUCUUUUACAAUUUCUUUCAGCAGUGAGGCUGAUCGAACUACUUACUAUGCUAAAAUAUGACCUGAUAAUUGCUGAUUUUAUACUGUAUUUCAUCCUACAAAUUUGUACUCGAGUCAACAUGAUAACGUCCUGUGAUCGUUUAUAGCUUUUCGUGGGUCAAGUGUUUUAAUUCACGAAUUCACAAUUUCACGAUAUAUCGUACAUCUAUUGUAGAUGAUAACCGGGUUUGAUAACGGCUAUAUAGAAAUGGAGAUAACUAUACCCAAGGUCAUGUAGUCUCUUAAAGGCUCAAUACCACUCUUGUUGUAACUGAAUAAUAUGUCCCAAUCUUUAUUCUGGUCAACAAAUUGUACUAUUUUAGAAUAUUUCAAUUAAUUGAUGAUACAAAUUUCAUCUUAACACACCUUAUUUAAAAAUUUUGAAAAAUUCAACAUAAUGGUUUGAAACGUCUAACGUAAACCUUUUCAAAUGAAACUUCGAUUUCAAAAUAUUUUCGAACCCUCUGGACAAGUAAAAUAGGAUGUAAUGGAUAAUUUACACAACAGGUGGGACACUUAAACAUCUAGUACUUAGAUAGAGAUAUUAUUUAUUUUCCGGAGCUUUCAAGCCAGCAAGAGUGUUAUUGUCCCUUUAACCAGACCCUCAGGGUAAAUGAAAGAUAUCAUCCGUAGGCUAUGUUGAAGAAGGAAAACUCAAGGAUAGACACAAAGGCGACAUGUAUAGUAUAGGGUCAUGUAUAUACAAGGUUUAGUCAGUGUCACUCUUAACAACACAUAUUUGUGGUUGAGCGAGACUAUAAUAAUAUACAAGGCUUAGGUGUAUGGUGUGAUAUACCUGACAAAAUGUCACCCUGUUGUGUACCCAUAUAGCAUAUUUUGCACAUUUGUUAAUCUGCAGACUACAGAUAAUUCGAGGUUGACCUAGUUUGCCAUAAAGGCGCGAGGGAAGUUGGGAUAUAAUAAAACCACAGCCAUUGCGUAAAUAGAUACGUCAAAGAAUUUAGGAUUACUUUUGGAUUAGCCAAAUUAAAGAAUUGAUUUAAAAUGUUGAUGAAAUUAAUUUUUGUAUCAUUGUUCUUGUUCUUGGUGCAGCACAUUAUCAAAGUAGUGUACCUAUUGGGCUUCCAUUUACAUUAUUACCAACAUUAUCCUGGAGAGUGUGAACAAAUUAAAGACAUGGGUCUUGGGUCCGAGGAUUUUCACACAUUUCCUGAUGGACUAACGUUCAUAACAUCGGGGUUUGCUAUACAAAAUGAAUCCGUACAUAAGCGAGAAUAUAUGGUUAAACAUAAUAUGUUGGGUAGAAUAUAUUUAUUUGAUUUCAACAAGAAUAAAGCGAAAGUAGAUGAACUGUCUAUAGUAGGAACUAAUGGUGGUUUUAAUGUCAAAUUAUUCCAUCCUCAUGGAAUCAGUGGUUGGCUGAAUAAAUCAGGCACGAAGAUAUUAUUUGUGGUGAACCAUGAACGACUGGGAGUUGAUUAUAUAGAAAAGUUUGAAUUUGUUCCUGGGAAAAAGCAACUGAAACAUAUUAAACGAUAUCGUGAUGAUACGAUGUUACUAGUAAACGAUGUACAAGCAACAAGUGAUGAUAGCUUUUAUUUUACUAAUUUUGGAACUGGACAUAACCCUGAAAUAAAAUUAAUGCAGAGCUUAGCACUGCUCCGUUGGACCACUGUUGUAUAUUUCGAUGGAAGUUACUAUAGGAUAGUACUAGAUGGUAUGGCUAUGUCUAAUGGUAUAGCUAUGUCUAAUGAUGGCAGAUAUAUUUAUAUCAGUAACCAUGAUGCAAGAGAACUGGUUGUAGCCAAGAGGGAGGCCAAUAACGAUUUAAUUAUUAAACAGGUUUAUCCUUUAUACACGUUUAUAGAUAACAUUAUUGUGGAUAUGAAGACAGAUCAUCUGUAUAUUGGCUCGCAUCCUAUUAAAUAUCAACUAGCACGACAUUUAGACAAUCCUCAAGUCUACCGAACACCAUCACAGGUUUUGAAAUUGGAAAUGAAAGACGGUAAUGUUACUGGAACAAAGGAGCUGUUUUAUGAUGAUGGUGAUCUUAUAUCGGGAUCUGCGACUGCCAUUGUGUUCAAUAAUAAAUUACUCAUAGGCUCUGUUAUUGAUAAAACUGUUAUUUGUAGUUUUGAUAUACCAGAGUAGGCGGGUGUAGAUUUAUUUGUUUACCUUUUGUAUGCUUUAGUUUGAGUUUAACUUACAUACUACUUUCGAUUU